CCCACAACCACAUGUAUUCCCAAUUGCCACUCCCGUACCGAAAUAGCCUCUGGAGUCGCAGCGCAAGCACCAGAUGGACAUUUCCGCAGCGCUGACAACUGAGGAAGUGGCCGCCCUGAGCGACCCGCUGUGCAGCUUUGAACGCGCCGUGAAGUGUCUAAGGGAUGUUCGCAAGAGUUGCGGAACUACAACUGGGAGCACGUUUGAGGAGUCGCUGAGUCUGAAGAACACGCUGGACUGUUCUGAAGCCCAAGUCAGAACUGAUCCCUCCUGGGCGCAACUCUCAAUACUCCUGAAUUGCGAGUACCAGCUAUACAUACUCAAUAGCGCCACUCCUUUGAGAUACAACCCCUUCCUGUCCCACUGGGUGGAAGCAAUCCAGCGACUGUCGCAUCCUCUGACGGGACACGGCCAGGCCAAUGGCCGUUUACAUCAUAUUCACAUCAGCUCUGUCCGAGCAGAAAUGAUAAAGUCACUCCUUCGGGCAGGCAGUUCGUCUCAGUUCUCAAAUGCAUCCCCCAGGACGCUGUACGAGACUGUUGUAAUUCACCGGGAAACCAUGCCGUUCGAUGUCGAGCCAUAUAUACAAAUGUUGGAAGAGGAGGGCAUCUAUGAGAGGAAGCACUCGGCGAAAGAAGGGAAACAGCCUACCACAAACCAAUCCUUCGAGGUAUCGAAGGGCUCCACUGUCGACAAACCCAAGCUGAGCGAUCGGGAACUGUGGGACCAGAACAUGCUUUCCCGGUUGGAGAGUGACCCCAAGUCAGCAAUAUCUGACCUGACUCAUCUUCCGGUGGAGUUAGCACAUCUGGAUUUUUUGACGACAUUGCUGCAGGAAAGAACGCUGCAACAGCUGUCCAUCGAGCCAUCACCCAUAAUUCGAGAGUAUAUCCAGCACGCCCUCCGCAUGGCCGAACAGAUGGGCCAACCCCCAGGAUUCGUCAUGGUUGAUUCUCUGACUCCUUCUUUUGUGGGUGAAAGCGGUGUAAUAGACGACAACGACAUUGGGAUCGCUCACGGUCGCGCGGCACAGAUUCGAGCUGUCAAGCUCUUACUGCUCUUCAUCCGCAAUCUGAUCCGCAAGGCGCUACUUCCACCAGAAGACAUCUAUUACGAGAUCCAGGAGAUUUGCGUAAGGUAUGUGUGGAUAAAAGAAGUAAGGGAGUUUAGAAAUUUCAUCGAAGAAGGCACAUCCGACGAACAAGCCUCCGCCUAGAUAUGCCAAGGGCUCGGAAAUUCGGCCGCAGGCGCAGAGGCCUCCCGGGGUGUUUUCAAACGGGCCUCGGGAAUUUUGUUCUUCGUGACUCCGCGAUUCCCAGUUUUUGGGUGCUGAGGCUGCAUCUCGAUUUCGCAUUCUGCGGACUGUGAUUGGAGAGAAGAGAAGUCGCCUCGACCACGGGAUGAAUAAUGUGGAGAGGCUAUGUUAAUGGAGUUCCUGAAACAAUCUAA